GUCGCAAGUCAUCAUUACAGCAGAAGAAUUCCGUGAAAUAGCCGCUUGCAGCGGGUAGCGGGCACAGUUCUCCACUGAUCCACCAUUGGGCGAGACGGUGAGCACCAUCCAGGCUUUUCACCUAAAGAGUUUCGCACCAUGUCGCUGACCGGGUCCCUCCUGGGCGACGCGGCGGCUGCUGCGGCAUUCGUGGCCGCCCUGCUCGUCCUCGCCUGCAAGUGGAUGUACGGAUACUGGAAGCGGCGCGGCGUCCCGUCUCUGGAACCGGAAUCUGCGUUUGGCAACUUUAAGGACAUCAUUCUGAACCGCAAGAACUUCGGCGAAGGCUUGCAGGAGCUGUACUGGCGCCUCGACCCUCACCCUUUCGGCGGUGUCUUCAUGUCUCUGAGACCGGCGCUUCUCAUCAGAGACCCGGAACUCAUAAAGAGCUGUCUCGUCAAAGACUUCGGACACUUCCAGCACAGGGGCCUCAAGGUAGACGAGAAGCACGACCCGCUGAGCGCCCACCUGUUCAACCUGGGCGGGCCGCGGUGGCGGGCGCUGCGCACCAAACUGACGCCGACGUUCACCUCGGGCAAGAUGAGGCUCAUGUUCCCGCUGAUGGAGGCGUGCGCGCGCGAGAUGGUCGCCGUGCUGCAGCCGCUCGCCGAGCGCCGCCAGGAGGUCGAGAUCAAGGAGUGGAACGCCAGGUUCACCACCGACGUCAUCGGCACCUGCGCCUUCGGCAUCCAGUGCAACUCGCUGCGCGACCCCGAGUCCGAGUUCCGAAAGAUGGGGCGCAGCAUCUUCAACUCGCCCAUACGAACACUCUUCAAUUUUGUACUGGUGCGCACUGGUUACCUCCUGCACAUAAAAUUCCUGAGUCCCGAGGCUGAGCGCUUCUUCAUGGGUGUCGUGCGUGAGACGGUGGACUACCGCAAGAAGAACAGCGUGAAGAGGAACGACUUCGUCAACCUGCUGCUGCAGCUGCAGGAGAAGGGUCACGUCGACCCCGACCACGACAGUCCGGACAAGGGCAAGAAAGUUGCUCACUCCCCGGACAUCGACUUCCCGUUCACAGACAACCUAUUCGCCGCGCAGUGCUUCGUUUUCUUCGUGGCUGGUUUCGAGACGUCUUCCACGACAAUGAGCUUCUGCAUCCAUGAGUUGGCAGUCAACCCGGAAAUCCAGGAUCGCCUCAGGGCUGAAGUCGACAGCGUGCUGAGCAAACACGGGGGCAAGGUGACGUACGAAGCUGUACAGGAGAUGACCUAUCUGGACAUGGUGGUCGCAGAGACACUUCGGAAGUAUCCGCCUGUAGCUAACUUGGGCCGAGUGUGCACCGACCCCUACACUCUACCAGGCACCAGGGUCAGGAUAGAGAAUGGCGUGAAGGUGUUUAUACCGGUAUACGCGAUACACCACGAUCCCAAGUACUACCCGGACCCGGAAAAGUUUGACCCUGAGCGCUUUACCGAAGAGGGCAAGGCGUCACGACACCAUUUUGUUUACCUGCCGUUCGGAGAGGGACCGCGCAUCUGCAUAGGUAUGCGUUUCGGCCUGGUGCAGGCCAAGCUGGGCAUCGCUUCCCUGGUCUCCAAGUUCGUCUUCAGUGCCACCAGCAAGACGCCUGCCAAGCUGAAGAUGGAUCCCAAGUCAGCUGUGACGUCAUCCAUUGGAGGCAUCAACGUGCGUAUCUCCACGAGGACCUGACAAGAUGGAGGGCAGCGCAUUCUAAGGAAGUAGUGAACACUUGGGGGCUUGAAGUGUAUCAUCUGACUCAGACUUCAUCUAUACUUUCCAUAACAAUCAUACACAAAUUUUUGUUUAGUAACAUAUGUGAGCCGUGAACCACGACAUCGUUUGUAACUAACUUGUGAAAUGGAAGAUUUAAUACUAAAGUCUGUCCAUUAAUUUUUCA